AUGGCCACCUCCGACACGCCUCGAACUUAUGAUUUGUACCACUACACUCCAUCAAUGGCCGCUGCUGUCAUCUUCUGCGUCUUGUUCCUGCUUUCGACGAUUCUGCAUUUUGUCCAGAUGUUCAAGACGAAGGCCUGGUUUCUGAUCGCGUUCUUCCUCGGAGGACUUUUUGAGUUUAUGGGCUACGCCGCUCGUGCCUCAUCCGCUGCAUCAGAACCUGGCCAUUAUCGGUUGAUGCCAUUCAUUAUACAGAACACUUACGUUUUGCUCGCACCGGCUCUUUUCGCCGCGACGAUAUACAUGGUCUUGGGUCGUGUAGUCAGUCUGACGGACGGAGAAGCGUACUCCAUCAUCAAGAGACGUUGGCUUACGAAGACGUUCCUGGGGGGAGAUGCCUUCUGUUUUAUGCUGCAAUCAGCCGGUGGUGGUCUUCUAGCCAAAGAUAUGACCAGUCCGGACUCUGCAAGUGCGCAAAUGGGCAAGAACAUCAUCCUCGUCGGUCUACUCCUGCAGCUCCUCUGGUUCAUUUUCUUCGUCGCCGUCGCCGCCCUCUUUCACUACCGCAUGAGUCUACACCCCACGACACGCGCGCAACAACCAGGAGUCAGGUGGCAGCGGUACCUCCGCUCCCUCUAUGCUGUCAGCAGCCUCAUUAUGAUACGAUCUCUUUUUCGUCUCAUCGAAUAUUCACAGGGUUACAGUGGGUACUUGAUGAGCCAUGAGGUAUUCUUCUACGUGUUUGACGCACUCCUUAUGCUUGGAGUCAUGGUGUGGAUGAACUGGCAGCAUCCCAGCGAGAUCAGCCUUCUGCUGAGGGGUAAGGAACCUCAUGUCGAUGGUUUUACGCUCAUUGUCAACACAUGCGAUGAAGGCAAGCCUGCGUGCAAAAAUUGUACCAAACAUGCUAUUCAGUGCGACUUUACGCCAGCUCCUGCCUACUCCGGCUCCGCUUAUGGCUCUGCCAGUCCCGAAGAUUAUCUGACGCCAGCUGAAUCUGCUCCGAGUGUUCCUAGUCCCGUCAUUCGAGAUCAUGGUCCUCUCACAAAUCUUGCAUCUGGCUCUUCCAUUCAAGGCAGUGAUGAUGCUAUCGAAUGGGGCAUCACAGCCCUCGAGCUACUCCACAACUAUUCCACAUCAACAUGCUACACUUUCUCCGACAUCCCAGCAAUGCAGACGUUCAUGCGGAUAACGGUUCCGCAGAUCGGGUUCUCUCACAAUCUCGUCCUGCACAGUAUUCUUGCGUUGUCGGCGUUGCACAUGGCGCGGUUCAAGCCUGACCAAGAAACGUUUUACGUCGCGCAAGCGGACCGUCACCAUAACACUGCGCUGCGAAAAGCCACUUCGUUAUUGCCCAACAUCAAUUCAGAGAACUGUCAUCCGCUCUACAUCUUCACAACACUUUGUUGUGGCUUUACACUCGCUCGAGGCCCAAAACCAGGGGACUUCCUGUUCUUCGGCGAGGAAGGAACUGCAGAAUGGCUAACUCUUUUUCGCGGCCUGAGACCGAUCUUUGAGUCGCAAGAGCGAGUCCUCCAGACUGGUGUCUUAGCUCCCAUGUUUCAGAUUGGAAUUCGAAUAGCCAACCAGCCACGCUCAUCGGCAGCAGAGAUCGACCAUCUAGCUGACCUUCGAGAACUCAUCGUGGGAACUGCGGUCGAUGAACCAGUUUCGCAGACUCUCGGGGCUGCCCUGGACGGUCUCGCAACCGCUUUCUCGGCUAGCUACGAUAGUAAUGGCUGUAGGAAGCGGCUUUAUAUACAGAACCUAGGCGUCUGGCUCUACCGCGUCUCUGAUGACUUUGUGCAGCUCCUACAGCAACGACAGCCAGCGGCGCUAGUGAUUUUGGCUUACUUCUGCGUCUUGCUGAAUGAGUUUAGCGCGGAUUGGGCGAUGAAUGGCUGGGUCUACCACCUGCUUUCUGGAAUUCAUAGCUGUUUAACAGAGGAGUAUCGACCGUGGAUGAGGUGGCCGAUUGAGCAGGAUAUGCUGGAUGCGCGACAGAGUCCAGGCGCAUUCCACUUCAUACCAAGAGCGCUGGAUACGUCGCCCGAUUCUGUGAGGGAAUGGAUAUCCUCGUGCCUCACGCGCCCCAAUUGCUACAAUUUUGCAGUCACCGUUUUGCCAGACGGGAGUCACGGUCAUGGGCAGAGAUCCAGGGUUAUUGGCGGCAUGGGAGCAAUACGCACACCGGAAGUAGGCUACAUGAUCCAUUCAGCCUACUGGGGCCAAGGCUUAGCAACCGAAGCACUAGAAGCUUUUAUGAAUGUGUACUGGGAGCACGUAGCAGAGCUUGAUCCGCCGUGUAACUACGCUGUAGCCUACACUGACAUUGAGAACUGGAGCUCAAGGAGAGUUCUGGAGAAGUGUGGGUUCAAGCUCUGUAAGAUAUCAGACAAUGAUGUCGAGCAUCCGACGCUGGGCACGAGGAGCACUGCGCAUUACUGGUUACAGAAGCCGAACAUGGCCUUUGAAGGAGACGUGGACGCAUCGAGCGAGGGCUGGAAGAGAGCUUUGGAGUCCGUUUAUACAUCUUAA